CCUCCAGCUGCCAGCCUUCCUAAACAAAACCAUUGACCUUACAAGCUGCCCGGACAUUCCCACAUCGCUCGCCGGCGGCCAGCCCACCCCUCCUCUAUAUCUCUGCCCCUCUUACCCCCGCGCGCCGACGAAUUAUCUAUAUUGUAUACCACCCCUUUCGCCCUUCCAUAGCCAAAACAGAUUAGACAGAAAAACGCUUAGAAAAGGCAGCAGCGACGCCCGGUGGGCGCGCGUCGCAAUGACGUCGUCAACGAGGCAAUGGUGGAGGCGAGCAACUGCGGCAAUGAAGGACAAGCGGAGCGUGUACCUGAGCCGAGUUGCGGGCGGUGGGCAUCGAGCUGAGAUGGAGGCUGCCGUGAUUCACGCCACCAACCACGAUGAGCGCUCCAUCGAUUACAAGAACGCGGCGAGGGUGUUCGCCUGGGCGCGCACCUCGCCCGCCUGCCUUGCCCCUCUUCUGCGAGCGCUUACGCGCCGUGCGACCCGGACGCGAUCGUGGGCUGUGGCGCUCAAAACCCUGCUGGUCACUCACGGCGUCCUCCUCUGCUCCGCUGCCACCCCGUGCGUCGGCCGCCUCCCAUUCGACUUCUCCGACUUUCGUGAUCAAUCCGCUUGCCCCUCGGUAGCCUCCUACGGCUUCUCCGCCUUCGUUCGUGCCUACUUCCAAUUCCUCGAUUACCGCUCCGUCCUCUCCUCAUCUAGUUCCCAAUUUGAUAACCAAGACAACAACAACUCCUCCUCCGUCUCCGUCAAUUCAAUCGAAGGUGAUCUCGAGAUAUUGGCGAAGAUGCAAGAUCUGCUCGAGCUGUUAAUGCAGAUCCGGCCAUAUGCUGACGGAAUGGAGGUGGGGCUCAUCCUUGAGGCGAUGAAUUGUGUCAUCAUUGAGAUAUUUGAGGUAUAUAGCUGCAUUUGUAGAGGCAUCGCCAGAUUCCUCGUCGAUGUGCUCGGCUCUGAUGUUUCCAACUCCUCUGCCUCCCACACCGCCGUCGCAUCCUCAAAGGCGAAGAUGGCCGUGCCUUCCGAGGAGCGGAAGCGACUGGGUAUAGCAGGGAUGAGGGUGCUCCGUAGGGCUGCAGAGCAGAGCGUGCAACUCUCCUCAUACUUCAGCCUCUGCCGUAGCCUCGGCGUGCUGAACGCCGCCGAUAUCCCUCCCGUGGAGUCCAUACCUGAGGAGGACAUCAGCGAUCUCGAGGCUCUCGUGCGUGGCCACAUCCCCGGAAUUGCUGAGAACAGAAAUUAUGGAAAGGAAGAAGAAGAGAGGAGCAGGAAACCGUCGAAGACUGUGGUGACUGAGGAAUGGGAGGUAUUUGAGGACGAGACGGCGACGGCGGAUACCCCUUCGGUGAACAGCAUUGAGAAUCCCUUCUUCUCCUUGGAAGAUGAAGUCAAGCCGGCGUUUUUACGCUUGCCCUGGGCUCCGCCAACACGCCAUCAAACCGCUCCACCGUUCGCUGGCGGCAAUUUGAUUGAACUGAUUUCAAGAAAUAUAAAUUAAUUUAAAGCUGCUCCAGCUCCUCAUCCUCUGAUUUUUCUUCUUCAAUUCUUUCAAAAAGUUCUUCCUUUAAGCCAGAAUUGGUGGAUUCACGCACUUUCUUCAAGGAUUUGACCCUUUGUUCGUUUAAUUCAAUGGAUUGUUUUGCAGGACUGUUCUAUAUCACUGAUAGACUGAUGAAUUAUCAUCAGCAUCUAUCAAGUAUUAGAAGUUAUAUGUAAAAUAGGAUUGGAUGGGAAGGAUUUUUUCUCUUUUCUUUGUUCUCUCAUUUGUUCUAUAAAUGUAUAAAUAAAA